AUGCACUUUAAUAGAGACCUCAAAAUCGAUGAAAUUAGACCAUAUUUGAAAUAUCCAGCCUUAGAAUACAAUACUUUCUCAAUAACUCAAGAAAUCCUCGAUUCUGAUCUCUUUCCAAUCCUAGAAUUAGCAUUAUCUUUCGAAAAUACCUUAAGAAUUUUGAAAUUCCAAGGAAUUACUUUGAUUUCUGCCUUGAACAAAUGCUCAAACAUACUUUCCCGCAAUGUUAAUACCAAGAAACUGCUCAUUGAGCAAUGUGACCUUACAAAUGCUUCACAAUUUAAAAGAAAAAUACAAUCCAACGAAAUUGUAUUCAGAAUAUGCGAUGCAACAGAUGACAGGUUUGUUUCCUUCUUCGAACAGCUCAGCCAAUCGUGUCAAAACAUCAGAAGUCUCUCAUUUGAUCACUCAAUCCUUGAAUCUUCAUCAAUUUCAUCAGUAUUCCAGUGCAUUUUCUUCAAUGAAUGCUUCCAUCAUUUGGAAGAGCUCUGUUUCGAUGCUUUUGGAGAUAUUCCUGACUUAGAAAUGCACGUUGGCUCUUUAGCAGCUUGUAGUUGGGCCAUGACCUCCAAAUGUGUGAAGAAAUUGUCAGUUAUAGGCUGUACGUUCGAUACAAGUAGUUUGUUGCAAAAGAUUUUAAGUUUCGAUAUCGGAUUACAGGAAAUUCACCUUGGAGAGAACACAUUUAGACAGAGGAUACCAUUAAACAUGUCACCACGUAACUGUGGAUUCCUAGAUUUGUCCAGAUCUAAUAUUGGAAUUUUGGCCAUUUCAUCUUUCAUCGAAUCAGUUGUUUCUGGUGUAAUAGACUGCAGAGGAAUUGAUUUGUCGUACGCCAGAAUGACCAAUCCAGAGUUUAUUCAAAUGCUGGCCCUUCUUUCCGCUGAUGUUGUUGUAAUGCCAUCUUUGGAGUGCUUCUACUUCGAUGGGAAUGAUAUGGAUACCGAAACAACGAAGUUGAUCGCACAGUUCAUCCGUCAUCAGCCGAAAUUAAGAAGAAUGUCAAUAAAUUCUUCGGUUAUCGUCAAAGGUUCUAAUACAGGAUUGACGCAGCUCUUCGAUUCAUUGCUAUCCUUACAAUCUCUCGAGAGUUUGUCCAUGAGAGGAAUGGAAAAUACGAUGAAUUAUUCUUGUGGUGAAAUGUGGACACCUUUCUUAAGAGAAAUCGCUAAAAGAGGGACAAUGAAGUACUUGGACCUUACCGAUCAAUGCGUAAAAGAUGAUUGCAUCGAUAUAAUUUUAUCGAUGAACUCUUUAGAAGAAUUAUGGCUUGACAGAUGUUCUGCAUCAUCAUUUACCUCCCUUAGUAACUUUAUCAAGAAGGCAAUUGACAGUAAUUUGAAAUUAUGCGGUUGGCCUCACAGGGAAAUACAAAGAAUCAAAUCAGCGCCAACAAUUUCAUCAUCAGAAAGAGAGAUAAUCGAAGACCAAGAGAAAUUGCUGCACGCACAGUUUAUUGAAAGAUUUUCUUAUUUAUGCAACGAUACGAAUGAAACAAGGGCUGAAAUCAUACGUAAGAGAUUUGUUUUGAGUGAACCAACAUACGAAGAACUCAUCGUAAGAGUAAAUCUCGAAGAUGAAACUCAAAAUAAAAAAGAUGACCUUUUGAAUUCGUUAUUGAAUGAAACAGUGAAAGAUAUCAUUGUAAGUAAUGGAAUACCAAUUGAUUACGAUCCAAUCUCUGAUACAAUCAAUAGCGCUAAGUCUGAAUUUUCAUUGGAUUCUUUGAUUCAAAAAUAUGUUUGA